AUGAAAGCAUCACUUGUUUCGCCCACGAAUUCCCAAUUACCUUCACAUUAAAGACAGUCUUCUUCCACCUUUAGAGAGGGCUCGCUAAUGAAGUAAGCUGGCAUGUUUACUUUUCAACUAGACAAGGGGGCAUCAAACUACUUUAACAACAAGUCAAUGAUUCAGAAUACCAUUAAUAACGUUAAGGAAACUAGAAUGGAACAAAACAAGUUCAAUACCAUUCAUUAGUCAAAUGAUAUAACUGACUUUAGAUCUUCAAAUGGAAACAAUUACGCAAACACUAUCAGAAAUGAGGAUCACAGCAUUAGGGAAUCAAAGGCAUAUCUCAGGCAAAAAUCAUUGGAUAACUAAUAGAACAGCACACUCGCUUCCCAAAAUCAAAGAUCUUAUUAAAUUCAGUAUGUGAUGCCUUAAAGCGUUGUUCAAUCCUAAAAGCCUUUUAUAAAGCCUAAUCUUUUCAUCUAAGAAAAGGACCUUCUCAAAGAAUUUUCAUUCCACGAACCACACUAGCCUGUGAUAACUCCAGCUCAUGCUACGAAAACAGCUUACUCAGUAUUUUCAAGAGAUCCUAACCGCACUCUGUCAAAUUUCUCCUCGAAUAUUGUCCAAGUGAAUCAGGAUUAAGCAGUGAGUAUUAGCAUUAAUACCUCUUACAGAGAUUAAAGUGCAAUCAAACGAAAAUACGAACUAAACAAGGAAAUUAACAGCAAGAGCUAUCUUGAAAAACACUCAGCGAACGGAUUUGGGAAAUCUGUAGUCUCUCAUACUAAUGCUACAUUAGUCUUAGCAGCUGGCGGUUCUCAUAGAAAUGAGUAUUCUGAGCUAACAUCUCCAAUAAGGACAAUUAAUUCAAGUCUGGGAAUGGGAAAUAAUUAAGGCACUACUAGCGUGUAAACAGGUUAGAAUAGCGGUAUUGGAGAGAGAUCAAAUAGCUAGGAGUUGUCACCAACAAAGGAAAGUAAAGAUCAGUACAUUAAGAAUAGAAGCUAGAGACCAACUACCUUGAAUGGCCCUAUCGACUUAUUCGAUAUCAAGACUGGCCUAGUGAGCAAUAAAACUUAUAUACAGUAGCAGAGUGAAAAAGUAGUAUAAAAUGUAAAGACAAUGAAAAACAAAUAGUCACACUUUAUAGAUGAGCCCACUACUAGAGUUUCAUUCGAGAAGGACCACAAUGACAUUAUAAACUUCUCUAAAAAGGAUAAGUUUCAGUCAGAAUCCAAGGGGCGUAAGCGAUACAUUUCCCAAUUCUAUGAAUAAGAAAAAGCACCGCAUUUCUUUUAGGACUAUAAGCAGUCUGUUGAAAAGUUCCCUAAUUUAUUCUCCAAGAAAAAAACAGAGUUUUCUAAAUUUACAAACGCCAUCCCAAGUUCAAGACCUAUACUCAGAUCUACUUCAUUUGGAUUAAAAGACUCUAAAUUUUGA